UCCUGCUGCUAUCUCAGUAUCAAGCUUGUUAUGUGAAAAGGCUUUACAUGAUGACUGAUAACACUUGUCUAAUAGUACCCUCAUGAAUGUUGGGUAAGACUGACGUUCAAUUUGUUCGAAGGAUAAACAGGAAUGUGUCUUAUCUCUGAACAGACGUGUAUAAAAACUGUCCCGACAGUGAGACACAACCACAGCGGUUGUGACUGAAGAGAAUACGACGGAUUCUUCAUUUGCCAUGGAUGUUUGAGAGGACAUGGAGGUUUCCCCACAUUGUUCCCGAUGUUCCUGAGAAAAACAAAAGACCUUUUUUAAUCAUUGAGAAGAGUCAGUGAGCGGGAUUCAUCAUGUCAUUGAAGCUCCCUAAGAGGUUGAGCAGCAAAAAGAAAAAACCUCCCAGGGACAAUGCCCAGGCGGAGGUCCUGAAUAAACUGGGAUUAGAGGCCUUCUUGACUGCACCACUUGACCCAGCAUCCAUGUUGGACAUCAGCACCUGGAAUGUGGAGAACGAACCCCCUCUAGAGCCGAAGGAUCUGCCAAAUGCUUUCCUUAAACGCCUUUGGCUGCUUAGCCCAGACGCCCGGAGUCCUUGUUGCAAACCUCCAGAUGAUGUUCUAAAUAAUGUCAAUAAAUCCCCUGAGGAGAUGAUUGAUGGUAUUGGAGGAGAAAGCCAGUGUGCCGUCAACCCUCUUGAUCUAGUUACAGCUAUCUUUAUGUCCGCCAACACUUUCCUUCAGCAGGAGAUAACUGUACGCAUGUUGCAGUGCCACUUCGCUGUGCCUCUGGUCCUUCCAAACAUAGAUCCAGAAGAACCCAGUCGUUUUCUUCUUUGGCCUUUGAGAGGUGCUAUUAGCCGAUGGAUGUCUCCCUUGCCAGAUAAUAACAAGAAAGUCCACGAGGGGGAUUUGGCAAGCACGCACAUGCCAUUGGUUUCUUGUGUGAAGCUUGGUCACUGUGGUAUCUCCAAGUCACAGGUGCUGAACAAUGUUAUAGGUGGACUCCGAUCUUCCCGUGACACAUUUCUCCACAGGGGAAUGGAUGGAGGAGAGCUGCCCCAUAGACUCUCCAAUGGCCUAGUGGAGAUUGGAUGGUAUUUGCCCACGGGAGACACAGCAAGAGAUCUGUUCCCUGUCCCUGUAGUCAUCUCUAACCUCCGUGGGGACUUGAGUACACAGGAUAAAUACCUCAGCCUUUUAUGUCAAGCUUCUUCAGCAGUCGUUGUUUUCUGUGGUAAUCUCGGGGAGAAAGAAAUGCAACUUGUGGCCUCCUGCAAAGAUAUGGCAAGCAAGCUGAUACUGGUUGACCUAUCAUAUGUCGAGAAGAACGAGAACAGCGUUGUGCGUUUUGUUGAUCAGAACUUGGAGAAGUACAUGGCACUUCCGGGGGUAUCAGUGGUGCAAGGGAGAGGUUUGAGUGAGGAGGAAUUGGCCACUAAGCUAAGUGACACCCUAAAAGAUAUGUUACCAGAUGAGUUGAAAUCUGUUUCACUUGAAGCAGCAAUGAAAUUAGCAGAGGAACUAGGCUUUGUAGUAGAUGAAGGGGUGGUCUGUAAAAAGGCAAUGGCCACGGUAGAAGAAGUUUUGAAAGGUUUAGAUGAGGGAUCUGCUCAAUUUAGGUUGAAACAGUUUCCUUUGCAAGGGCGUUUGUGGAGUAAACUUGCUGAGAUAGAAAAGGAAGAGAGCAAACAGAAUAAAGAAGGAAAAGAAAUUGAUUCACAACUUCAACAAAAGAAGAAAGACAUCCUGGUAGAGUUGAGCACCUACAAAAUGACUCCAGCAAUGAAGAUUUUCACCAAUACGCUUUUCACAACAGAUAAAGUGGAGAGGGCUUAUUUUCUUAGUUGGAUGAAGUUGAGGCUUCGGUUGAAGCAAAUUGAGGAAAUGGCCGAACAUCAUGAUGAGCUAAAAAAUGGAACUAAUGACUCCUUGACAGACAGUGAUAGUUUCUGCACCGAUUCAACAUUUGAAGAGGAAACCCCUGAAGAGCUGCCUGUAAUAAACUGCAUUGGUCUAGUCAGCGAUCAGCAGUCAGAUGAAACAUCCAACAAGGGGUCUGGAGAAAAUGGGAUUUCAAGCCUCCGAUGGAGACAGCUGGAUGAUGCCGAGGUGACCCAAGCAGAUGGACCAGAGCUGACCCGGCUAGACGAACAAAAGCUGACACUUGGUAAAGGAGAUUCAAUUUCUUCUGCCAGACAACAACUGUGCUUGGAUCUUACCUUAGAACAUCCGGUAGCCUCAAGAUCACAGCAUGUGGAAGCUGAUCCAGUCUUUCUUGGGCUUGAGCACUUUUUGCGUGAAAUGGGCCUGAUUUUUGAACUAACACACACCAAUCCCAGCAGUGGGGGCUUCAAAGCGUUGCGUCUCCCAAGCUUAGCUACAGACCUUCUAAUCUAUGGGAUUCCUCUUGAAGUAAUGGACGGGGAUGCCUCAAAUAUACCCGUUCGCUGGCUGGGCUGUGUCUUCGCAGAGCUCAAACGUCGCCUACCUCAAGAACAGUGUAGAACUCGAGUGCUGACAAACCUUGGAGUGCAUCACGGUAUGAAUGCUGAGGUUCUUUCUGCACUAUUUGGGGUGACGUUUCCUGAAGGAAGGCAAAGAUCCACAAGAGGGGUGUACAUGGUUGCCUUGCAUCUCCCCGAAAAUCUCAGAAAGAAUAUGGAGUGUGAUUUUCUGUUGUUGCUUGAUGUUGAAGGUCUUUCCUCAAUGUCUCUUGACAACAAUGAAAAACUGCUGAUCCACGACAACGAGAUGGCCACUGUUGCAACAGGAUUGAGUGAUGUUUUAAUGCAGAAUAUCUCAUCUCAUGAGGGUACUGAGUUUGAGACAAACUUCACGGUCAUGGUCAAUGCUCUUCUACGCAUCAAAGAAUUAGGAUUCAUGCCCAUUUGCCAACUCUUGGCCCAGGAUGACGAAAUGAACAGCUCAAUACAAGCGCUACAGUUGAGGCGUGUAUCGGAUAUGCUUCAGACCGACACUGGGGACAUAGGAACUAGCAAUGCAGCAAAGCAGUAUUCAAAAACCGGCUGUAUCUCCCAUGUCAAAGGCCCUUGGUACAAUUUGUCCCUAACUGAACCAAUUGAUAAGCAGUAUAGUAAUGCUGUGCUAAAACUUAAGCAGAACCUGUUCGGGGCAUUGAAGCAGUGUGCAGGACGGUCUGAAGCAACAGGUUUACCGGAAUUCAUGAGUCGUUUGUGCGCUGUUUGGGAUGCAGUGAAAGCAGAAUCCUUCUCCAUUGGCCUACAAAAUACUGACACCGCUUUAGCUUUCUCUCUACUGUGCACAGAGAUUUCGCAAUGGGAGCAUGGUAUCCUUGAACACAGGAAAAGCUGGCUUAAGGAGGCAACAAAGAAAAUGUUUGCUGUAAAGGCUUCAGACGCCACCGUCCGCUAUGGCCUCCUGAACGAGUUGAAGCAUGAAGCCAGUUAUGAAGUCAAAACAGAGGUGGACAAACUCAGGUCCAAAAUAGAGGCCUAUUUGGUGAAAGACAACCCUCCAAAAAUGAACACCUUCAGGCCUAUACUAAUGAGCUAUAUGGAUGACCUGCAGGAGGGGAUAACUGAAGAGACAAUACAAUUGUUGGGUAAAGUCAAUGAAAACUAUUGUUCUUCAACACAGUUGGAAAAAUUUGAGACCUUGCUGGAAAAAGAACAGGAAUCAAAGCUACAUGCACUUGUAGAGAAUAGCAAGUCAACCAAAGUUCUCCUUCAAGAUACAGAGCUAGAUAAGGAGUUUGAAGAUGCAUGGACUAAGACACUGUCCAACUUUGACUUCAGGCCUUCGGAAAAAGAUGAUAUUACUGCACGAGUGGUUGAUAUUUUGAGAGAGAAUCUAAUAAACCGUGGUCUCCAAAAGCACAUGAACAAACUUGAAGUCAUCGCCCAAAAUCAGACAUCUGGCUUCCAAGUGUUUGAUGAGCAUUUUGGAUACCGCAGCAGAUUAAAGCACAUGUUUGAAGUCAACAACAGAAUACAGAUGUUAAACGCUCAACAGGUAGCAUGCUCUGUAAUAGAUGAGUACAAGCAAUUUGUAGCAGAUAAAAUGUCCUUACCAGCAGAUUUCUCGGACAGCUACAUUACAACACUGUUAGAAAAUGUUGAAAAAGCUUUAAAAGAAACAUCUAUUGAAAUCAGAUCAGCUUUUGAGGUGGAUCUGAAAGUGUAUCUCUGUAGAGCUGCAUGCAACGACUUUCAGAAACUACAUGACCGCUUUGCCAAAGAUAGCGAGCUUCUGACACUUAUUACUGCAACAAAGAGCAUGUACGUGGCAGAGUUCAUCUACCAGUUCAGGAAGAGAGACCAGUGCCAGAGGGUGGCAGAGGCAUUUACUUCGAUGGUCAUCAAACCGACCAUGAUGGAUUACGUCCAUAGACCGUUGGGGAUGCGCAUCGUCAAAGAGAUCCAAAGUCAAGUCCAGCAGUUUCAGUCCCCACGGACCUUCCAUCAAAGCUUGCUGGAGGAAUUGAUAGAGGAGGACAACUUUGAGAGCUUCCUGGAAUAUUUGCUUUCCCAUGAAAAAUUCAAAGUCAGGAAGAUCCAGGAGAAAGUGAUGGCUCACCUCUCUGAGUCAACGAACCUGAAAAAAUGGAGGCAGCAAAGACUUGGAGAAAUUGUAGGAAAGGUAGCGGCAGCAGUCAGUCAAACAGCAGAAGGUACCAGUGGAGUACUGAGUGAUACAAAGCCGCUGCUGGAGAGAUUUUGCCUCAAUUUAGAGAGCGAUGGAGAUGUGGAUGUGACCAGGGCCCCGCUGAAUGGACCUUACUUCAGUAUCACCACAAAAUGGGAUUACUUUGUCACAUGUCUGAUGGAGUUGUUGGCGGCAAUGCGGUUGGACCUUGCUGAGGAAUUCUCAGAAAAUGUGGAGGCCACCCAGAUUCUUAAGUGCCUCCCACUUCAGCCCCAAGAAUGCCUCUACAGCCAAGUAAGAGGCUGUGACCAGCAAUGCCCUCUCUGCAGAGCUCCAUGUGAGCUGGAAAAGAAGGGUCAUGAAUUGCACAAGGCUGUGCUCCACAGGCCCAAAGGUAUGUUGCCUCAUGACGCCGGUUCUCUGUCCUGUAUCAAUUGCCCUGUAAGCAUAGCCCAAGACAACCCAGGCAUGAGCAAGAACGCACAUGGCAUGUCUGUGGCAGGCACGGACCUCCAUUGCCUCUACCCAGACUGCAGCAUCUCCUCUGAGGACCCAAACAGCCAAAUGCCCAAGGCUUACUGGAGGUAUGUGUUGGCCAGGUUCAAUGCGAGUUUUGCAAAGGUAUACGAACGGGUGCCAGCAAAGGUUCCAGAUGAGUGGCAGAAGAUCACUGAGGAGGAGGCCUUGUACAGUCUGAGGGAGAACUUCUUUAAUUGACCACACAAGUAAUAGAACUCAUCUGUGUUUUUUAUCAUACGUGACAUUUUACUGAUUCAGAUUUAUCUGGUUUAAAAGUCUUUUAUCUACCCAGGAUGAUGGUGGGGAGAUCAAAUGGAUCAUUCAAAAUACUGGGAGUAUUAAGUGAUUUUUUUGUUUGUUUGUUUGUUUGUUUUUAUUGUUAUCUUUUCAAGAAUAUGAUAAUAUUCCGUAAACAGGUAAAAAUACAUCUAAAAUGUUGAUCGCUUAUUAUUCCACUGCCUCUGCUAACUGAUCUAAAGACAGUGUGAAGAGUUAUCCACUCUUACAAUGCGCUCAAAGGCAAAAACCAAUAAAAACCUGUGAAAUUACAAUUUAAAAAAUUUGGCUGGAGUCCAUCCAUAACUGUUUGCCUUUGUACAGACAUACAGGCGAUGCCACAUUUUAAUAACACAGAUGUAACAAAUUCUGGUGAAAGAAAUAUAAUUUAAAAAUAGUAAUGACUCAGAACAGAAACUAAUCUUUGUGGCAUCUAUUUUCUUAUGGUGACAGAUGCGCUGGUGUGAAGCCUGGAAGCAGAAAUAUACACAUUUAGCAGCAUCCCCAAACCUUGUUUCAUUAGUUAUUUGACAUGAUUCAGUCCUCCUCAUACUCUUACAGUCCUGCGGAUCAUAGUAUUUAUUUCAAACAGUCAGAAGGCUUCUACACACCACCAUGUCUUCAUGCCACAAAUUGUUUUAUAUAUUUUUCCAGUUUUUACAGAAUCAGUAUUGUCUUAUUUGUUUUUAAGUUUUAUAUAUUGAUUUAUAUAUACAUAUAAAAUAGUCACAGUAUAUGAGUCAAUCCGCGCUGAAGCCAGAUGGAGAAAACAAAGCUGCUUCCUAGACCGACAUAUUUGGCAGAUUAAUGAAGCCUACUCUCUAUGUGUACUAGACACACCCGGAAGAAUGACAAAAAUGAUUGAUGAAUAAAACAAAAAUAUGAUUGCAA